AUGGAUCGCGUGCUCUCUUCUCCGGCGAUGGCGAGCUCCAUGGCGUUUCCGCUUCUGCUGCUGCUGCUCUCGUCGGCGUGGUGCGCUUACUCGGAAGCGGAGGCGGAGGCGGUGCUGACGCUGGACGCCGGCAACUUCACGGAGGUGGUGGAGGCGCACGACUUCAUCGUCGUCGAGUUCUACGCCCCAUGGUGUGGCCACUGCAAGCAGCUCGCUCCGGAGUACGAGGAGGCCGCCGCCGUCCUGCGCGCGCUCGAGCACGACCCGCCGAUCGUCCUCGCCAAGGUCGACGCCAGCGCCGACGGGAACAAGGGCCUCGCCGCCGAGCACCGCGUGCAGGGCUACCCCACCGUCAGGAUCCUCCGGGGCCGCGGGGCCAGCUCGCAGGAGUACUCCGGCCCGAGGGACGCCGCCGGCAUCGUCGCGUACCUCAAGAGACAGGCCGGCCCGGCCUCCGUCGAGCUCACCGCCUCGCCGCCGCCGGAGGAGCCCAUCGGCGCCGACGGCGUGGUCGUCGUCGGGGUUUUCCCGGAGCUUAGCGGCGGCGAGUUCGAGAGCUUCAUGGCGGUGGCGGAGAAGAUGAGAGCCGACUACGAGUUCCGGCACACGACGGACGCCGGCGUCCUCCCGCGAGGUGACCGGACGGCGAGAGGCCCCCUCGUCCGUCUCUUCAAGCCCUUCGAUGAGCUCUUCGUUGACUCGCAGGAUUUUGAUAGAGAUGCACUGGAGAAGUUUGUCGAGGUUUCUGGUUUCCCUACAGUAGUAACCUUCGACACUAGUCCGAUAAACCAGAAAUACCUUCUGAAAUACUUCGAGAAUGCCGGCACCAAAGCAAUGCUUUUCCUGAGCUUCAGUGAUGACAGAGCAGAGGCCUUCAGAUCUCAGUUCUACGAAGCUGCAAAGCAAUAUGGUGCAAGCAACAUAAGUUUUCUAAUCGGUGAUGUCACUGCCUCUCAGGGUGCUUUUCAGUAUUUUGGGCUCAAAGAGAGUGACGUGCCUCUUAUUUUCAUACUAGCAUCGAAGUCGAAGUAUAUCAAGCCAGCUGUGGAGCCUGAGCAGAUCUUGCCCUGGCUGAAGGAAUUUACAGAUGGCACAUUGGCACCUCAUGUCAAGUCAGAGCCAAUUCCGGAGGUCAAUGAUCAGCCUGUUAAAACUGUUGUUGCUGACAAUCUUCGCGAGGUGGUUUUCAACUCUGGCAAGAACGUUCUGCUUGAGUUCUAUGCGCCGUGGUGCGGGCAUUGUCAAAAGCUGGGCCCGAUCUUGGACGAGGUUGCAGUUUCAUUGCAAGAUGAUGAAGACGUCGUCAUAGCAAAGAUGGAUGGCACUGCCAACGACAUACCGUCAGAUUUCGCGGUGGAGGGGUACCCAAGCAUGUAUUUGUACACAUCUGGUGGGAGCCUCCUGUCCUACGACGGCGGUAGGACAGCUGAGGAGAUCAUCGGUUUCAUCACCAAGAACAAGGGAUCCAAGCCUGGGGAAGUCACUGGGAGCGGUGGAACGGUGGAGGAGGAAGCAGCAGCUACGCCUGAACCUGUCAAAGAUGAACUGUGAUGACCACUUAUCAGUGAUCCUGGGGGUGCGUAUGGAGAUCAAAUUACUGUACUGUUUCUGACUUUUCUUUAUUCGAUACUAUUAACUUUUGAAUUUAAAUUUAACCAUUCGUUUUAUUCAAAUAGUUUACAUAAUUAUUAAUUAUUUUGUUUUAUC